AUGGCCAGCACAGGCCAUCAUCCGAAGAGCAGCAAAAAGACUUUACCACUGCAAUCUCUUCUAAUGCCACAAGUACCCCGCAAUAAUUAUUUGCACCUUCAGGAAGAGAAACAAAGACUACAGCUAAAGAAAUUUCUCCUCCAUAGGAUGUUUCUUGUGGCCAACACACAAGCAAACCUGGAGAAAAAGGAAAUUGCUGAAUACUACGAACAAGUAUUUCAGUCAAUUUUAAAGCGUCACCUAGGAGAAGCAGUGACAGGAUUGUUGCUCGUCUACCCCACUUCCAUUCUGCAUAUCCUGGAGUCUUCCAGUGGCACUCUCUACCAAAUUCUCUUAGAUUAUCUAGACCAUGAAAGAAAAGAAACAGAAUAUUUGGUUCACAACAUGAAAAUUAUUGUCAUUUCUCAUAACAUCCCAACGAGGCUCUUCAUGCAAUGGCAUGUUUCGGUCAUCAGAGUGCCAGUUAUGUAUCUUGAUGAUGUGACACAGUCUCAGUCCCUAAAUGAGAUCAUUACAGAUUUUCUCACCCAGACUCAUAAACUAGCACUUCACCUUUUUAAGACUGUGAAAGCAGGAGCUAAGGGACCAGGUGAUAAUUUGCACCAAGUUGCACCUGACUUACUCCUUCCAGAACAAAUCAUAAAGUACCUGUUGAAAUGUGAACAAUUUAUGGACCCGGUAACAUUCAUGAACAUGUAUAAUAAACCAAUACACAUCACAAUGGAUGCUGAGGUGGUCUGGCCUGCUCCUUCCCGUUUCUAG